UUCACCACACUCAAUCCACACCAAAGAACAAAUAUCAGCAACAUAUCAACAAAAUUUAUCUCAUCGAAAACUUAAAAAAAACAGAGCAGCCACUAUGAUUACAGGAACAGCAGCACCUCUGAAACUCCGGUGCAUAUCCAGCUCCCAUUCCCUAUCUUCCUUAACACCUUUCCAACAAUGCAAUUCACAAGCCAAGUCCCUGCUAUCAGGCUCCCCAACCAUCAAGAGAAAACCAUCGACAGGAAGCGCAGUGAGGUGCAUGGCCGUGGAGACGACAGUGACUAAUACCGCGCCACCAAAGAAGAAGAGCUCCUACCAGAUUGAGACCUUGACGGGGUGGUUACUCAAGCAAGAGAUUGCUGGUGAGAUUGAUGCAGAGCUCACUAUAGUACUGUCUAGUAUUUCAAUGGCUUGCAAGCAGAUUGCUUCCCUGGUUCAGAGGGCUAGUAUUUCGAAUCUUACUGGCGUUCAAGGUGCUGUUAAUAUUCAAGGUGAAGACCAGAAAAAACUCGAUGUUGUCUCCAAUGAGGUGUUUUCGAAUUGCUUAAGGUCAAGUGGAAGGACAGGAAUUAUAGCAUCAGAGGAAGAGGAUGUGCCAGUUGCAGUAGAAGAAAGUUACUCUGGUAACUACAUUGUGGUGUUUGAUCCUCUUGACGGAUCAUCCAACAUUGAUGCUGCUGUUUCCACUGGAUCCAUUUUCGGAAUUUACCACCCUAAUGAUGAGUGCCUUGUAAAUAUUGAUGAAGAUUCCACGCUUGACAGCGAAACACAGAAGUGCAUUGUGAGCGUAUGCCAGCCAGGGACGAACCUUCUAGCUGCUGGAUACUGCAUGUACUCGAGCUCUGUGAUAUUUGUUCUGUCUAUAGGCACAGGCGUCUAUUCUUUCACCUUAGAUCCCAUGUAUGGUGAAUUCGUACUAACUCAAGAAAAGAUCCAAAUUCCAAAAUCUGGAAAGAUUUAUUCGUUUAAUGAAGGAAAUUACCAGAUGUGGGAUGAAAAAUUGAAAAAGUACAUGGAUGAUCUUAAGGACCCUGGCCCAAGUGGCAAGCCAUACUCAGCAAGGUACAUUGGUAGUUUGGUUGGUGAUUUCCAUAGAACGCUUCUCUAUGGUGGCAUCUACGGGUAUCCCAGAGACGCGAAGAGCAAGAAUGGGAAGCUGAGGCUUUUAUAUGAGUGUGCACCAAUGAGCUAUCUGGUGGAACAAGCCGGAGGGAAAGGAUCAGAUGGUCACUCAAGGGUCCUUGAUAUUGUGCCAACUGAGAUUCAUCAGCGAGUUCCCCUUUACAUUGGCAGCACUGAGGAAGUGGAAAAAUUGGAGAAGUACCUGGCCUAAUCAAAAAUAUGAUAUUGUAAAUGUGUUCUUGUUUCGAGAGAAGAUCUCUAGCAGUUUUCAAGAAAUUUAACUUUAAAUAAAAUUA